AUGCUUGAUUUGACGAAAGAGUGGAACAUCUCCUUCGCAGGAUGCGGUUUUAUGGGGGUGUAUUAUAUUGGCGCCUGCUCCUGUAUCCUCGAACGGUUCCCUCGCUUAAUUCAAGACGCCUCUAAAAUCUGUGGAGCGUCUGCAGGUGCUGUGACGGCUGCUAUUGUUUCUGUAGGAAUCCCCAUCGAGAAAAGCUGUGCUGAUUUGAUGCUUCUUACCAAAGAGGGCAGGAAGCGCAAACUGGGGCCCCUGCACCCAGCUUUCAAUAUGUUGCAGAUAGUACGAGACUCUCUGAUGGGGUGUCUUCCAGAAGACGCCCAUGUCCGAGCCUCUGGGAAGCUCUGUGUGUCCCUGACCAGAGUGUCUGAUGGGAAGAACAAACUAGUGACGGAGUUUGACAGCAAAGAGGAGCUUGUUCAGGCCCUCUUAUGCAGCUGCUUCAUCCCGUUCUACUGUGGUGUGAUUCCACCUACUUACCGUGGAGUGCAUUAUGUGGACGGUGCGAUCAGUGACAACCAGCCUCAGUGUUACACAGAAAACACAAUCAUAUUCUCUGCGUACGCCGGUGAGAGCGAUCUUUGCCCUCGAGAUAGCACGGUAAUCUUCCACGAGGUGCGCUUCAACAACGUCAGCAUCCAGGUCAACUCGGAGAACGUAUACAGACUCACCAGCACCUUCUUCCCCCCGCCGCUUGAGGCAAUGGCUGAAAUCUGCCAGCAGGGCUACAUCGAUGCUCUCCGCUUCCUACAAGAUAACAACCUGAUUAGCACCGAUAGUCCCAUGAAGAGUUUGGAGACAAACUGUUGUCAGUGUAAGGAGAAGGAGUGGGCUGAAGAGUCCAAUGAGGACGCACAACAGAAUGGACUGAAACCACGUCAGAAAGGACACUGGUGGCUGGAUCCACAGCUUGUAGAAAACCUCCCAGUUGCCUUAAAAAAGGUGUUUUGUGAGGCCUGUAGGGAGGCGCAUACUAAGGAUGCUGGUCUGUUGUCCCAGAUGACCGUCUACCUGCCAAAGACGGUGACAUCCCAUCUGCAAAUGCCCAGUGCUCGACCCAUUGACUCAGCCUUCUCUCUAGCCCAGAGACUUGUGGACUGGAUCCCAGAUGUACAUAAGGAAAUGAGCUGGAUUUAUGGCAUGGCUGGAGACAUGUACAAAAAUGCUUGGAAGGACAAGGACAGUGAGUCGUCAAGACUGCCACUAAGCCUUAGUCAGAGAAAAGACGCAAAGAUUCUCCCAAUGGACUCAGAAACCACUCUCCCUUCCAGUCUUACCCUCACCUGGAACACCGAUGAGGAGUUGGACCACAUGCCUCUGACUCCACCUCUCACACCCAUCGUCAGCCCCACCUCUGGGUUUGGUGAAGCUGCCACAGAGUCUCCUAAAAGUGCAGGUGCAGGCUGGGGUUUGGGCAGAGCUGUGGGGUGGAUCCGAAAUAUUACUCUUGAGCAAACUUCAGACAUCAAGAAAACUUAUGAUUCAGUGUCUUUUUCUGCAUUCAAGUAAUUCUAAUGGAUAUUGUACUGACAAUAAAAAUGUUGAAUAAAUUAUCGCAA